AUGUCGUCCCAAUUCUCACGGGACACAUUCAUAUAUACGGCAAAAACAGCUCUGGAUAAUUUAUCUGAGAGGUGGGAGGAAAGCUCUGCGAAAGCAGAGCGAGAUGAAGAGAUCUUUGGCAAAGCGGUGAUUGAGAUUGGGAAGGUGGAGAUCUCGGGGGAAAUGAGGAGGGAGAUUUGCGAGGUGUUUUUGGGAAGACAAAUUGUCGAAAAGCAAGAACAAGAACAAGAAGUACAAAGUGAGGUGGAUGGCAAUGCGCAUGGCGAUGCGAUUGCACAUCUAGUCCGAGGAGAGAGCAAUUUGCAUGUCGAAGCAAAUGCUCCAACAAAACAAGAAAUUCGCAACUUGCAUAUCGAAGCAGUAGCUUCGACAACAAGAUUUUCAGCUAAAGAACAACAUUCGGCAACAAAACAAAGUCUCGAGCCAGUAUCAGCUCACAACAACACCUCCCCAGCAAAAUCAACAUUAUUCUCGGCAAAUCACACACUAAAUGGUGUAUCAUCUGGCCUGUGUAUAGAGCAAAGUUCGAGAGGUUAG